AUGGCCAGAACCGGACUUGCAGCUUGGAACCACACGGGCCAAGCAGAACAAGCGGGUCAACGCGGAGAAUUUGUCAAGGAGCAGUCGACAGAUAGACUGAGGGUUCCCCCAUUCCCGUUCUCUCUCCUCUCGAUUUGGGGGUAUCCAAUGCAGCUUGGGGACCCGUGGAAACUGGUGAAUGAAACCGUUUGGACUACCUGGUUGGGGCUGCUUGGGCGUUGA